GCUGCGUGCUGCUCGCCGCAAUCAGUCAGUGUACGUACGCGGCUCGCAGCGCACGUCCGUCGUUCGUGUCGAUUCUUCAUAAUACGCACAGCGUUGCGGACGCGUUCUCAUCACAAUCUCAAAUCGAAAACACAAAAAAUAAAAACAAAACAAACGAAUCUUGAAAUCUAAAAAUUAUAUAAAUGUGCGUGAUUCACAUGAAUCACAUGUUCGGACUAUGAAAGCAUGGCGGUGCUAAACACUUGAAUAUAUAGUUGAAUACGUAGAUAAAUAAAAUUUGGUGUGAAUAUAGCCAGUGAUUGUUGAAUGUUGUUGUCUGUAACCAGUCGUCUUCUAUGUGUGCAUAAACACGUUUCGCGAUAAGAUAAAAGCUAAAGAUUUAAAACGUUGAAGUUGUGUAGUUGUGAGAAACUUUUGGAAGAAACUUGUUAGAAUGCAGCACCAUCCCGGCUCGUGGUACCUGCCGUGGGGGGUGCCCCUGCAGAAGAUGGUCGCCGUGCCCAUUCAUCAUCCCGGAGGACCUUUGCAUCUCCAACCGCCAGCUGUUCAUGUACAGCCGAUGCUUGCUGGUCUGCCGGCCCCGCUUGCAACUUUGCGCACAUUUGUUGCUCAGCCAACCAUGCGACAACCACAAAGAAAGAUUUGUGGUGGAAAUGAAAAGGAGAAGAAGCUUUCCGGUGGUACGGAGAAACGGAAAGCCGACGACGGAGAGCCAAACAAAGAUCUUAAGAAGGCGAAACUCGAGACCAGCGCUGAAAGCCAAAACGGCCUGAUUCACAGACGACCGAUAUACAACGAAACAUCCUACUACAUCGAGAAUGGUACGUUAAAAAUAUUUAAUUAA